CCGAGGUCUGUUGGUGCUGCUGCUGCUGUCGCCUGGCAAAAAUACAUGUCCGAUCAGCGGGCGGCGGGAUAUGGCGAGCAUGAUCGCGUUGAAUGCUAUAUUUUAAGUCGAGACAAAGGGGGCAGGACCGGAUUAACGGAAUAUUUGCUCCCUCUGUUUUGUUUUUUGUUAGUAACGGCACAUCUUUGGAUAUUUGCUUUUGUGUGCAUUAUGAAGCCGUAAGACCAAAACUGCUUAGGUUUUUUUUUAUUUUUGUUUACAUUACAUACAAAAAAGGGGAGGGAACGCAACGUUUUAAAGGCAGGCAAGUCUUCGCAUCUUGGCAUUGCACACACGCGUCUUCCUAGCGCAACUGUACGCAUUCAGCAAGAAGCAUGACCAUGUCAGUGCCGGAGAGGAAUUCGGCAUCCGAAGGGAAAGAAGAAGAAAGUGAGGAUGAGAGCGAGAUCUUAGAAGAGAGCCCCUGCGGUCGCUGGCAGAAGCGGAAAGAGCAGGUGAACCAGGGGAAUGUCCCAGGCAUCGAGAGUGCAUUCUUGGCCAUGGACACAGAAGAGGGAGUGGAGGUGGUAUGGAUUGAGGUCCUGUUCUCCGAUAAGAAGGUUUUCAAAGCGCAUGAGGACAAGAUAAAGGAAAUGUUUGAAAACUUGAUGCAGGUGGAACAUCCCAAUAUUGUCAAGUUUCACAAGUACUGGCUGGACGUGAGGGACACAAAGACGAGGGUUAUUUUCAUCACUGAGUACAUGUCUUCAGGAAGUCUGAAGCAGUUCUUGAAGAAGACUAAGAAAAACCAUAAGACAAUGAAUGAGAAGGCAUGGAAGCGCUGGUGUACGCAGAUCUUGUCGGCCCUCAGCUACCUACAUUCCUGUGAUCCUCCGAUAAUUCAUGGUAACUUGACCUGUGACACUAUCUUCAUUCAGCACAAUGGCCUCAUCAAGAUCAGCUCAGUUUGGCAUCGGCUAUUCAUCAAUGCAUUUCCAGAGACAGUGCAUGGGCGCGUCAAACACCAUCGAGAUGAGCAGAAGAGUCUUCAUUUCUUUGCUCCUGAAUAUGGCUCUGCAGAAGACAACACAGCAAUCGAUAUCUUCUCAUUUGGUAUCUGUGCAUUGGAGAUGGCAGUGCUAGAAAUCCAAGCCAAUGGAGACACAAUGGUGUCAACAGAAGCAAUAACCCGAGCUGGGCAAUCCCUGGAGGACCCGAUAAUGAGGGAGUUCAUCCAGUGCUGCUUGCAUUAUGACCCCAGAAAACGGCCCACUGCCCAUGACCUCCUUUUCCACCGGGUGCUCUUUGAGGUUCACUCUCUAAAGCUGCUGGCAGCGCACUGUCUCAUCAACAAUCAGUAUCUUCUGCCAGAGAACUGUGUAGAAGAAAAGACCAAAACCUUUGAUGCUAAUGCUGUCAUGGCAGAGAUCCGACAUAAAAACCGACCAGCAGUGCAGUUCAUGUAUUCCAAUGUCUCUCCUUUGGAACUAGACAAGUUUUUGGAAGAUGUGAAGAACGGAAUAUAUCCCCUGAUGAACUUUGCUUCCCCUCGGCCGCACCCUAUCCCUCGUGCUCUCUCACUUUCUCAAGAGCACAUGGAAACUGUGAAGACGCCCACUCCUGAACCACAGGAGAUGGAAACCAGAAAGGUGGUCCAGAUGCAUUGUAACCUGGAAUCCAAUGAAGAAGGGACUAAGAUGCAUCUGACGCUGUUCUUGAAAAUGGAAGACAAGCUGCACAGGCAAUUAAGCUGUGAUAUCUUUCCUGCUGACAGUUCCAAGGAUUUGGCAAAUGAGCUUGUUCAUUACGCCUUCAUAAGUGAGGAUGACUGUGACAAGUUAGCCUGCUUUCUAGAAGAUGCUUUUAACAAGCACCGAGCCAGUGGGUCCCUCUCUUCUGGAGUGAUGAUGAUGCACUAAACGUAUGUGGCAGAUUCUCCCAAAAAUAGCUGUACCCCAGAGCUGUGGACAGAAAAGAAGCUCCCAGGGUUUCACUGCUCGAAGGAAAAGAAGACUUAAGAAUGUUACCAAGGACUCGCGUGUGAGCGACACAAAACCUGCCAGUCCUUCUUGGUGGUGGCACAGUCCGGGGCUGGAUCCUCCUGCUGCAGAUUGUAAUCUGUUCUUUUAUGAACCGAUCCUAAAUGUGUUUUUAGUUGACAUAUUGUUAAAUAGAAUAUUCCCUUUUUGGUGACACCAAACUUAAUUUUGUAAAGAGGGAUAUAUUUUGGGGCCUGGCAUCAUUUUGAUGUGCAGAAAAUCAGGUUUGUCAGGCAUCAGUAGGUACUUGAUCUGUAAAGAAGUCUAGUUCUGUUUUUUGAGGGGGUGUUUUUUUUUUUUUUAUAACGUUGCCACAUGGUUAUCAUGUGAAUUACUCAUGCAGAUUGCCUUGUUCAUCAACACAAACACACACUUGUACAGUAAAUCUGUUGCUGGUAUUGUGCAUUUUGCCAUCUGCACCCAGAGUCCUGCUUAAUAAACUGGACGGGCUACGGCCCAAUAGAAACCAAAUAAUGGAUGAACUGUUUAUAUCUACAUGAGUAACAGAUUAUGAAGAAUGAGUCCAAGUGAGCGGCAGAAUUCAGUUCAUUGGAGACGUUCAGUUGUUAAGAAAAUGAUGGUUGUGUGAUUAGCUUGUUAUUCUAAUCACACUUGUGUAGCUUUCAAGUGGAUAUUUCAGAAAGCACACUAGCAUGCUGGUCCACUGACAUACAUGUGGGCAUUCUUCUGUGUUAGAUUUAUGUUUUAUCUGUAUGCUUCUGUGUAACAUAUUGUACAAAAAUAAAUUAAUUAAAAAGAAUGCUACAUCUUUUUUAGAUCU